GAGAUUGACCACUUCCCCUCCCCCACAGUGGGACUUCAGGUGCUUCACCUCCCUCCUGACAGUUCUGCGUGGUCAUGACCUGUCAUCACGCUCCUUCCACAGCCCACCUCAUCCUAUUGGUCCUGCUUAUUGUCACUCCACAGCUAGCUGCCACCGCCCCUACACGGGGUGAGGAAGGGGCGGGAGGGGUACAGGGGCGCACCCGGACAGACUAUAAAGAGGACAGCGUUGGCCCCUUUCUCUCGCCUCUGCACCAGAGACUGCCUGACCAUGACAACACAUCCCCAGACCGGGGUCGGGGUCCGGACAUGGGCCUCCAUAACCAGUUAGAUAAAGUGAGGGACCCUGGGCAAGUGCUCGCUGUUCUACUGGAGUCCCUGGACCACCCGGGGGGUGGCGAAAUCUUUGCGAGCAGAAACAGAGACCAGGAGGAGGAUCAGAGGCAGAAGCUGCUCUCUGCUGAAGGCGUGGAGGGUGCCGAGAUAAGGAGAGCAGAGCAGACAGAGGGAGAUGGGGGGAUGGAGGAGGACAAGGAGGGGCACGAAGCUGAUAAGGCGAUUGAAAAGGCGAUUCUAGGCCGUUUGGCAGCUGUUCAGGGGGAUGAAAUCCAAGAAAGAGAAGAAGAGGAAGAUAAAACAACAAGGUCAGAGGAAGAUCAAAAGCGGUCUGUAAAGGAUGCUGGUCCUGUAAACGAGGAAGGCAGGAAGAAUGAAGAAGAAGAGGAACAGGUGGUAGGAAACGAUCCAGAACAUAUCUUAGACAAAGACAGAACGGGUUCCACCUCACAGGAAGACGAUCCCUCUUUGGAGCGCAAAAUCCGAGGCUACUUCCAAAACAUUGACUUGGGUCUCCAAGACAAUGAGAUCCUGCCUCCUCUGAAGGGCUACAAGGCCUACAACACUCAGCUGGCCCGGGCCGGGAAGAAGCAGCACUGGCAGGACAACAUGUCCCGCAGCAGACCUGUCAAAGGAGGUAACUUCAUGGACGGCUUCGAAGACGAAGGGGAAGAACUGGAGGAGGAGAUUAAGGCCGAAGAGGAGAGCCUUUCAUACAUGGAGGAGGAGGCGAGGGCGCGUGCGGAGAAGCAGGAGGUCCUCCGUCAGCAGGAGGAGGCAGAGCAAGCCAGGGAGGAGGAGCAGAGGCUGGCGGACAUCGCCUCAGACAUGCUGCUGCAGUACAUGGGCAGGAAGCAGCAGUCGUACAUGAAGCCGCGGCAGAAGAGCAGCAACACGGCGGAGGACAAACGAUCGGAGGAGAUCCUCCCUGACGAGGACGACCUGGACCAGCAGAUGAUCGACCGACUGAUUGAGAUCAGCAGCAAGCUGCACCUGCCCGCUGAUGACGUGAUCGAGAUCAUCAGUGACGUGGAGGAGAAGAAGAAGAAAAGGAAAGAGCUGCAGCAGCAGCCGAUCAGCAGUAAUCCGAUCACGCCACGCUUCAGACCUCUGGUACCUCCUCCUCUGACUGCCCCACCUAUCUACCACUACACAGCCUCCAAAAACCCCAAGAAAGCUCCUUACAAGAGCAACAAAUCCAACAAGAAAUGGCACAAAGAUAAAGUCAAGUCAUACAAGCAGGACUACUGGUAUAAGCCUCAGAAGCAGCUUGACUACUGGUAUAAACCCCAGAAGCAGUUUUUAGCCUUUCCCUCCUACCCAUAUUACCAGAAGCCAUAUCGAGCCUACUACCCUGUUUACUUCCCAUAUCCUAAGCCACAGUAUUAUGGCAAGCCUCCCCCCUCCAAAGACCAGCCCUUCGGCCCCCAGGAACUUGAUUUCCAGGCCCCAAGGCGCAGGCACAAGGGUGGGGGAAAGAACCGUGGACAAGGAUGGAGGCAGCAGCCACCUUCUCGCCUGCCUCUCACUCCUUACAUCUCUAACUAUAUCCUUCCUCACCCACGGACCUACCAGCCUCUGCCACCUCCCAAACCAGUAAUCACACCCAGGAGGGGCAGGCGACCCCCGUACUACUACCCACAAACCACGCCGGGAGACGACUAUGAAGAAGAUGGACUGGUGCCUCAGCUGGACAGUGAGGAGGAGCUGGAGAACUUUAUCGAGAGGAUCUACAUGAAGCGCAGAAUGUACUGA